UGUGGUGAACAACCCUGUAUAUAAUAACUAAAAAAAAUAAAAAAUAGAAUCCACGCAGACAAGUUUUUCAGUCGUUUUUCCUUGCUCUGUUUAUAUCGCGAUAACAUGUUUGUUGUAAAUAAUAGACAAAUAUGUAGUAAUAAUUAUACAAUGUGUUAUGUUUAUAAUGUUGUUCUGCUAACUGUUUUGGAAGCUGAUGUUUUAGAGUCUAUGUUUUAAUACCGCUUUAUAUUUUAGCCUUAAUCUUGACGAGUUAUCCAAGAUAUUUCCCACCGCUCCCGGCUUGGAUAACGACCUAGGAAGCGUUGGCAUGACUCUGGAUACGUUGGAUAAGGAAAUAUCCGGAUCUAUCGAGUUUUCGGAGUUCUAUGCUAACUUACAUAAACCCCGAGAAGAAAGCGGGGAGAUCACUCCAAUAUCCUACGGCUCGGAAAUGGAUUUUAAUACGAACGAAGCCACAGCCGGCUCAUCCUCGGCGCUAGAAUUCGAUUUCACCCUCACCGAAGACCUGGACAAAGAAGACAACUCUGACACCCUAACCAGUCAGGCUUCAAAGUCCUUUAUCGACAACUGCAACGCACUAAGAACAAGUUUGACCGAGAGCGGCAGUUCUGGUUCUAUCACCCCUAAAGUUAUAUCACCCUCAACAGCUAAUAUCAGCGUUUACAAUAACAUUCUUCGAUCAAACGAUUACUACAACAUGAAACCUAUUUCUAACAUCAAAAGAGCCCACUCCCUUUACACCAAGACCAGUGACAUGAACCCAUCAGACCUUAAAAACUUAGUGAUGGACUUCUAGUAAAUUGAAAAGACGUAUCUAGUACAAACACAAACGUCAACAUAGCUAACGUGGGUUGCCUGAAAUGGAGCAC